AUGACUUGUCAUGCUUGUGUGAACAACAUUCAAGACACAAUGCGAACUCGGCCAGGCAUUCACUCAUGCAAGGUUUCACUUGAUGACGCCGAAGGUGUUGUCGUCUUUGAUCCUAUACUUUGGACUGGAAUGAGUGUGGCUGAGAGUAUCGACGAUAUGGGUUUCGAAGCGAAACUAAAGUACACUCGGGAAGGGGACGAAAUCUCCGUAGCGGCCAAUUCCGCUCCUAGAAAAGCCAUUAUAUCCAUCAAGGGAAUGGUGUGUCAUGCUUGCGUGAACAACAUCCAGGACACAACUUCGAAGCGGGAUGGAGUUCUUUCUGUGGUGGUCUCACUCGAGGAUGAAAAAGGUAUU